GUGGGUAGUUUUUCCAAAGGUACUCAGCGCGUGCGGUUGUCAGAAUGGCGGGUCUUAAACCGAGUGUAUUUGCCUUAUUUUUAAUUUGCUGUUGUUGUUGUAAUGUUUUCACAGUGGGUGCAUUGAAUACAACAACAAUAGUGGAAAAGGAAUACAGAAAUCCGCGUGGACUCGCUUUACUCAAUCAGCACGGAUGUGGGUAUAUUGAUGGUGAUCGCGUGGCUAAUGGCAUUGAUGCUAAACUGGGCGAAUACCCGUGGACUGCUUUGCUACUCUAUGCGGAAAAGAAACCACUGUGUGGUGGUUCCGUUAUAACCGAUCGAUUUGUUUUGACAGCUGGCCACUGCAUUCGAGACGAUUUACAAUUAGUGCGUUUGGGCGAACAUGAUCUGUCAACCGAAGUAGAUUGCUCAUCAGUGAUUUGUCAAACAUAUGAUGAAUUUGGUAUAGAUCCACAACAGAAACCAUUUAGACAUCCCGACUACGAUGUCUCGACCAAAUACAAAGAUAUUGCUUUGAUAAAACUUGAUAGAACUAUAGAUUUUCAAGCUUACAAUAAUAUAAAACCAAUUUGUUUGCCAAUAACACCAAGUGAUUAUAAUUUGGUGCCAAUGGAUAUCCUAGUGUUAGCUGGUUGGGGACUUACAGAGAAAAAUGAAAAUCGCCAGACUGAAAUUCUUCAGAAGGGUCUUCUCAGAUUCGAACCAUUGGAUGUUUGCCAAGACUUAUACUCAUUUCAUAGGAUUGACAUUUCGAAGCUUUGUAUUAAGUCUGGUAGAAACCAUACUGCAUCUUGUGAAGGCGAUUCUGGUAGCCCUAUAUUUUGGAAAACCAAAUACCCUGUACGCGGAUUCUGGCGAUGGCAUUAUACACAAAUUGGUUUGGUAUCUCUUGGUUUUGGUGGUAAAUGUGGCGGUUUAACAUCAGUGCCAUUUAUAUACGAAAAUGUCACAGAUUCCCUGGCAUGGAUAACCAAUACUAUUCUAAAAUGAAAUUUUCCUUAAUUAAGUAUUUAAAGCAUACAGGUCAUAUUUAAAUAAAUAAUUUGUCUAAGCCACAAAUAAAGCUAUGAAAAUAAAAUUUGGAAUAAAA